AAAGAUCUAUCUUAUCUGAUCUUAUAAGGCUUCAAUGAGUUUCCGUUUUUCCGACCGUUGUAAAUGCAGCGCAUGUGAUGACUCAUGGGACCAGUCAGUGAACACACACAGCAGCCAUGGCAACAUACGCCAGCAGACAGCUGUAGGCAGGAGCCAUGACAACAACUUCUCAGGUGUUGGUUUGACAGGUAUGGUGACUAAAACGUGUUUAAAGUUAGUUGUCCUAAGUUGUGGCAUAGCUUCGACAGGUCACGUUAGCAAGAAGCAUUCAUAGUUUGAUACUAGGGGAAAAAGAACAAGCGUCAACGUUAAUCAGCUUGGUAAGUUGACAACUUAGCUAACAGGCUAACUUAGCUGCUAGUUUGGUUACUUCAGCGCAAAUAAACUGUAUUCUCAUGAUGUUAACAACAUGAAAGUCGGCUGGUAACCGCAGUUUACCACCGUUUGCUCGGUUGCCAACACGCCAAGUGGUUCUCCAACAUGUCCGGGGAGCGAGCGCCUCUGCCAGCCGGGGGAAACGGCCUCCUUCUCGGGAGCAGGACCAGGUCUUACGGUAGUCUGGUCCGGUCUCCGCUCUCUCCGGUUCGACAGAGACGAAUUGAGCACAAAAUUCAGCCAGGAGAAACACUGCAAGGCCUGGCCCUGAAGUAUGGAGUAUCUAUGGAGCAAAUCAAAAGAGCAAACAGGCUCUACACCAACGACUCUAUAUUCCUGAAGAAGUCCUUGUCGAUCCCUGUGCUGUCAGACUUGGACCACUGUAGUAACAGGGAGGAUUUGGCUGAAGGGGACGGUGAAGAAGACAGUUCUGCUGCUCAAAAUGGGCGCAGAGGAAGAUCCCCCGAGAGGAAUCAAAAUGAUGGCAAAGAAAGGGCAUCAGACCUUACUCCAGUAGAUUUUUUGAAACGGUUGGAUGGCUUGAUAAAUCAGUCCAAGCAGGCUGCUGUCAAAGGAUGCCAGGAUGCAGAGAAAAGGGUUGCCGCCCUGGAAGCAGCCUGUACCGGCAGGACUUCAGACUGGCCGCCGCUCACAAGGUCGCAGAGUGUCAGUUUCUCUUCAAGAAUGCAGCAGCAGGCAUCACAUGUGGCAGUACCCUUAACUAUCACCAAACUCACCAUGAAACUGAGAGACAGGGAAGAUGAGAUCUUCCAGCUGUGACAUGUUCCUGUUUUGUCACUCUGACCAUUAAAGAAACUUUUCCAGGGAGCCACAUUGGAGGUUUUUGGCCUCUAUGAUAAUAGAGGAUUGCAGAUAAUGGAAUAGAUAUCCAGUUACCCUCUUCCUGUAUGGACUUGAAGCUUAAAAAACUGCCAUUUAACACGGACAUUUUAAUGCAGUGUUAACCAAAUAAACAUACAGUCAUGGAAAAAAAAUAUUAGACCCUAUUAGACAACCCUUGUUCUCUCCAAAUUCUUGUUUAUUUGAAUGGCUGGUACAACUAAAGGUACAUUUGUUUGGACACUUAUAAUGAUUACAUCAAAACUAACUCAUAAAAGGUGAUAUCUAGCCAUUUUCCGUAGUUUUCUUGAUAAUAACCAAAAUCAUUAUCAAGAAAACCAUGGAAAAUGUCUAGAUAUCAGCUCUUAAAUUCAACUCUUAUGACCUAUUUUUGUUAUCAUUAUAUUUGUCCAAAUAAAUGCACCUUUAGUUGUACCAGUCAUUUAAUGCACAAGAAAGCAAGAAGAAAACAAGGGGGGUCUAAUCAAUUUUUCCAUGACUGUACGCCACUGCUAAUUGAGCGCCGCUGCUAAAAUGUCACAUGCCCAUUAUUGUGCUUUGCUCUUGUGUCUUAGAGAGUGCAGGCAGUAAGACUUAAAGACACGGGGGAAGUGUGCUGCACACAGAGUGGAGCAGAGGAGAAACAGGUGUCAGUACCAGUUAAGAAUAGACGCUGUAUGAUAUCGUGUUCAGUCGUGCUGUUUUGCCCUCUGUUUCUCCAGGUAAAUUAGCUGGAAGUAAAAUAAUGAAGCACUGUGCCAGACUUUUAAAAAAAUGAUUCUUUUAAAUGCUCUGUUGCUUGUCAGCAACCAUUAACAUGGGAACUGAGGAAGCUUUUUGUCAUUGUUUGCUCUGAUUCAUUCGGCAUACACUUAUGCGGUUAACACACCAGUCAUAAUUAGUUCCAAAGAAGAGUCAACUAUUGGCAUUUGCUACUGGUGAUCUUCAAACCUGUUUUGGAAGAUGGGAAUGAUCGGAUGAACAGGCGAACCAGCCUUAAAAGUGACUUCUUUUCUUUUGUGCUGAAGCGUGGUUUAUGCGGUGUUAGGCUAGCUGAUAAGUAUUUGCAAAAGUACUGAUUAACAUUUUUACAGAAACUUUAAAAUGUUGAAUUUGAGAACAGACUUUGGUGUUGUGGUAGUGAGUGAUUAAUCAGGUUAGAACCUAUAGGGGAAACACUGUAAUGGGAUGUUAAAACAUCUUUUAACAUUUGUAAUGAAUAUUGCACUUUGUGUAGCUUUCUUAUUUAUUUGUUGAGACCUACUGUAGACCAUGAAAAGAUUAUGGCCCAUAGCUGUGAUGGGCUUUUUUUUUCACAAGCGGGAAACAAGUGUGAAAUUUAAAAAAUGAAAAUCCAGUCACAAGUUGGUUCAGUCAUAUGACUGUUCAUAUGAUGAUCUGAACAAGUGAUCUGUGUGGAGUGCUACCUCACAGCCUGAGAAUGUAAAGUUGGCCAAGUUAUCUAACUAAAGCCUUUAGGCAUCAUAAGUAUACAUGAAUCAUGUUCACUGUACAUGCAAGAGCACAGAGUUGCUUAUAAAAUGAUUGGUUUGUUUCUGCUGAAGAAUUGUAGCCAAAGUAAAAAAACAACAACAUAUUUUUAGAAUACAUUUUGACAACAAUGUUUUUAUUUCUUAUGAACAUAUAUUUUUUAAAAAUUUCAUUUAACUUUUGUAUAGUUCGUUGCAGAAUAAAAAAAAAAAGAUGUUUAUGUUCAGAAA